CAAUUAAUCAUUGGCGAACUUCUCCUUUAAAACCCGCAAAGUGACGUCAGAUUUUUUUUUACGGGAGCAAGCCCGAGCUCGCCAGCAAGAUGAGUAGGUAACGGAUCCAUCCAGAGGGAAUGAUGACAAUCAUAAUGUCCACGGCUUUUUGUCGCGGCACCCACGUCUUUGUAUCAUGAUAAACGCAGGGCCCGUCACCCGUGUGAUGCCCUCAUCGGCUCGGAGCGGGUGCUGGAUCGCGUGGUGCCAGGUUAUCCUUUUCGGGGUUUCUGGGAUGGUGAUCCUGGCGGAAAGAACCGCGCUAAUAUACUGUGUAGGAUUCUACUUAUGGAAUGAGGAGACACAGUGGGCCGGCUUGACCCUUGCCCUACUGUUGCCCGGGAUACCAGUCCAGGUGUUGAGCCUCAGGUGGUACAGUGAUGAUGGGGAAGACUAUCAUUGGUUCCUGAACAUUACGCACAUCUUGCAGUUGGGAAUAUUCCAGAGGCUCUGGGACUGCAUGAUGUCGGUAUGGAACAUGCAGGGUACCUCAGAGGAGCUCGGGGCAGCUGUGAUGCAGCAGGCCGACGUGUCCGCCCUCCGCCUGUUGGAGGCCCUGGUCCUCACCCUCCCCCAGACCCUCCUGCAGACCUACAUCCUGGCCGUCACCGACGUGGAACUGGACUCCCCAGUGGCGGCUUGUGCCGGGCUUUGCCUGCUGUCCCUGUCCUGGGCUCUGGUUCUGUUCAGCCGGGCAUGCUGCCUGAUCCGCCCGGGUCACCUGGCCAUGCCGCCGGCUGCCCUCAUGUGCCAGCUGCUCUGGAGGGCGGGCAUGCUGGGUGCCCGUGUGGUCAGCCUCAUGUCCUUUGCCCGCUACUUCCACUGGUGGACCUGUGGCGUGGCAGGCUUCCACUGGCUCACAGCGUCCUUCUGGCUGGUUGCCCAGCAACCCGACAUCUGCACUGGCCCGUGGCGCUGGCGCCUGUUUAACGCUGCAGUGGGAUUGGUCCACAUCUUCCUCUUCCUUAACGUCAAGGACAGCCCUUCCCGCUACCGCAUGGCUGGCUUCUAUGUGGCCAUGUUGCUGGAGAAUGCCGCCCUUCUAGUAGUAGCAUCUGACUUCCUCAGUGAGAAAUCCUGGGGUAGCAUCACACUCCCUUCAGCGGUGCUGUUCAGCUUUCUGUUUGGCACCAUCUCGCUGGUGGUGUACUAUCGCUUCCUCCACCCGAAGUCCACAGAGAUCGCCCAGGGCCAGGGGCUACGUCGCCGUAGCCACCCCAUGGGCUCCACCUGCCUGGAGGGUCUGGAGGUGGGCGAGUCCUCCUACUCCCUGGGUGGAGGCGGCGGUGACAAGAGCAUCCGCCAGGCCGCCCCCUCCUCCCUGCACAACCACGGUAGCUUCUCCCUUUCCGGCGUGGCCGGCUCCCUCCUGGAGCACCCUGGGAGUUGCGGUCCCAGGCUGGGUAACCCGUGCCCGUGCCGCCACCACCACUGGCUCUUGAUCCGCUUGGCGCUGAAGACGGGCGACGUGGGUAAGAUCAACCGGGCCUACGGUGCCGGCGGAGUUGCGGCCAUUCUGGACGAGUCCUAUUGUAACUCGGAGGCCAAGAGUACCAAUGGCGGUGGUGGUGGGGAGACCACGGCGUGCGGCGGGAGCUGCGACAUGAUCUCCGGGACCUCCGGGGCCUCAGUCACCCGGUCGCACGGGACGAAGGGGGGCCUGGCGCCUCUCUCCGACUGCAAGGAGGAGUUCCAGAGCGUGAGCGAGGAGGCGACGUCUGCGGCGACGCCCGCCGAGGAGGGGAGCGGGGAGGAGAGUGGCGACAGCCUGGAGGGCAUGGAGAGCCCGCUGGAGUCGCCGGUGUCCGACUCCUUCAAGCGUAGCUCGCCCGAGGGCAAAUCGGUGUUCGGGGACAGCCCCGAACCCUACUUCUGCCCCAGCACCACCCUCUCCAGCUCCACGCUGUACUUCAGUGCCGACCCGCAGUCCCCCAGCAGCACCAGCAACCCCCGGCUGGACCGGGCCAGCCCACCAAUGGGCACGGCGGGGCUCAGCUCCAUCCCCAGUGACCCUGCGCUGCACAGGGCCGUUCGCGGACUGCAGAGGGGUCAGAUGGGGCCGCGCUUCACCUCCACACCCAAACUGGACUCCGUGUCCCCGGGGGACUCGCCGCCCAGCGUCCCGCACCUGAGCGGGCCCCGGAGGCAGCUCAUACGGUCGCGCCGAGACCACGACGACGGAUUUUAGCAACGGGGAAAUGGGAAGAAGAGAGGGACAGAUUUGGUUAUGCUUUCUCCGCGCUGACUUCUAAACUCAGCGCCAGCUCAAAGCUCGGUCAUUUAGAUUACAGUGGUGGUCAGCUCCAGGAUCGGGGGAACUCCCAAGAGCCAACCGAGUUGUUUAAGUUGACAGGUUGAGUCGGGCGUACUCGUCCGGGGGGCACAGUAUAAACGUGCACUGUUGAGGGUGCCCGAGGGCCUGGAGUUGGGAAGCACUGAUUUAGAAGCACAAGCGUCUUAUGUAAUAUAUACAUCCUAUAUAGGUGCCCUGUUAACUAUUCUUGCAGAUCAUUCCAAGUACUGAGCACAUUCUCCUGACGAUCGGCAGACACUGGCAAACAAUGAAACAAAUUGGUACUUACUUUUCAUAAAAUGAACAUUUACCCAGUUUAAUCCAACGCUACCUCCUAAUCAACCAAACCUAAUGCAAUAAAAAAGUAAUAACAUACAUGUGACAUAUACAACGUGUGCUUUAAAACAAUAUGUAUUAUUUUUUCACGAUAGCCAAUAGCGAUCAAACACUGGGAAGAUGGGACUUUGACUAAAGUGAAGAGGACAUCCUGUCUGCCACAUCAUGCUCGCUUUGUAUCUGAACUUAAUAUUGACUAGCGUGUAGAGGUGCUGUACUGGCCUGAUACAAAGCAGCAUCAGUAUCUGCUGUGCUCCUCAAAUCACCUGGGGUGUUUUUGUUAACCCCUGGAAACCAUACUUGCCCCCACCCAAUCCCCAAACUAGAUUUUUAUGUUACUGUGUGCAAACGUCACAGGUGAACAUGUAAAAGUAUUUUCCAACAGUCACCAACAGUUUUCAAGAAACCACUCGAAAAAUACUGAUGGCGAAACCGGAUCAGUGUCGCGCGUUCAUGUGACGCCAUUUGCCUUUUGCAAAGUUGUUCAUAUUAAUUAAUGUAUUUGUUGUCAAGAGCUAAAACUGAUAAUAUUUUUUAAGGUACGUUAUGUUGCUACAAUCAUGUUUUUUAUUGUUUGUCUCGAAGACAUGUUGAACAUGUUUUUUGAAUUAUAUCCAGAUUUUGCAUUGUACUGUCUCAGGAGCGUGGUUGUAUUUUGAACUAUUUCAGCACCUCAAAUGUGAAGAAAAAAAAGGAUAUCCAAGGCAUAUUUUGUGACAAUGUUUUGCCGUGACAAUGUUUUUUUAAUCUCUGUUUAGGAAAUUGUAUUAUUGACUAAAUGUUGUAAAGGACCCCAGAAUAAGAUCCACUGACAACACAGACGAGACCGUUAAAUUCUGAAUGGUUUUCAUAGUUUUCAACCUCUCAGGUACUUGCCUAUGAGAUAUUGUUCCGUAGGUCAAGACCAUUGGUGGCUUAAUGUCAAACAAGCAAUAAAGGAUAUAUUGGGUGGACUUCAAA